CAGGAAUACAUUUCCCACAUAACCUUUCAUCAUUGGUGAGGUCAUUAGCUUGCGACUUAGAGUAUGUAGCAAGAGCACUUCGUGUUCAGGAGGUGGUACCCCAAAUCAGUUCAGGAUGCUGCGGAGAAAGCCAACACGUCUGGAGCUGAAGCUCGAUGACACAGAGGAGUUUGAGAGUGUCAAAAAGGAACUUGAGAGUCGCAAGAAACAGCGGGAAGAGGUGGAUGUGGUUGGGGUGGCAUCCUCGAGCGAGAUGGGUGGUGCAGCCGGUGGAGCGGAAGGGAAGACCCGAGAGCAGAUGAUCCAUGACAGGAUAGGCUACAAACCGCAUCCCAAACCCAACACGUUACCCUCCCUGUUCGGAAAUCUCUCCUUUUGAGGGAUGUGUUUGAAGGACUAAGGCUUCUGUGACCCAAGUUGGCCACUGUCUUUCGUAUGCUCCAAAUUGAAAUGUUAUAUAGUAGGCCUAUUUGUGAGGGCAUAGCCUCUUCCACUAAUGUUUUGUACAGUGUAAAUGUUUAUUCCGCCUCCAAAUUUCAUUAUGUUGAAAAAAGUGCAGUUGAUUGCAACUUCUUGGGGGGAGGUUUAGUUUUUUUUUAAAUAAAAAAGAUGACAAUAAAGGUCUUUCCAUAGCACUUACUACAUAUCAGUAAUUUCUUCUCCACAUUUGAGCCUAAACCUAAGAAGCCCAACAAGAUGUUACUUUUUAAUGCAAGUCAAAGGAAAUCAGAAACUUGCAUUUCUUUUUCCAUAUGAAAAGUUAUACAAUAACAUGCAAGUAAGAUGCAGUAUGACACAGAAGUGAGUACACCCCACGUUUGCAGAUUUGUAAGUAUAUCUUUUCAUAAGACAGCAUUAAAGAAAUUUCAC